UCUUGAUACAAUUUUGCUUUUGAGGUUUUCAGGGAGUCUCAUGGGUUAAUCGGGGAUGUAUUUCGCACACUGCCCAAAACGUAAAGCGCAACUGAUAUUUUUGUCCAAAUCCAUUUUGCUGUUUUGCGCCCUGCAUCGGCGGAAAGCGCGAAAAAAAGUUUUUGCUGGUUUCCUAGUCCCUCCCCAGAAUUUAUUGUACGUUCUCCAUUUUCUGUUUGUUCUCAGUUUCUAUAUCGAAGAAAAGGCGUGUAGUCCUGAUAUUAUCGGGUAUUCAUAGUGGUAUAUGUAGUAAAACAGAUAAUGUAUUUCCAGGCUCUCAUUUUAACUGCCCUUGUGUGCUGCAUCAGAGAUCUUUGUGAUGGGAGGGAGGUGAAAGAGAUUUUUGGAAAAGUAGGAGGAGAAGUUACACUGAAGCCCACUGUGAACCAGCCCAUCUCCAGCAUCACAUGGAAAAGUGGCCUGACCAAAGCAGCAGAGUGGGAAACAGGUCAAUCAGAGCCUGAUUAUUAUACCAUAUGUAAUUCAGGAUCAAGGUGUCAACUGGAUCAUACAACUGGGGAGCUUAAAAUUAUGCAUUUAAAGCCGAAUGAAAAACUGGAUUUAUCUGCUGAGAUCAAUGGAAUGGCAGCUCAGUCAUUUUUUACAGUGAUUGCACUUGAACCAGUGUCCAAACCCAGUGUCAGGAAAACCUGCAACGAUACCCAGUGUACUUUGGUCUGUGAGGGAAAGUACACCACAUAUACCAAGUACUCCUGGAAGGAGAACAAUAAGACGAUAGCAGAAGAUACCACAACGCUCCAUGUUGAGAAGAGUAAUAAGCUGGAUAAAAGCUACACAUGUGUGUUCAGUAACCCUGUGAGUACGGCGGAGAGUGACCCUGUCAAGGAAGUGGAAUUAUUUCCAGGUGGCUUCAUAGGUGGGAUCAUCACAGGUGUCGUUUCAGCAUUUUUGUAUAUUUUGAAUAUUUUGUAGGUUUUUCAUGAUAGACAUUGUUGUUCCUAGAGGUGUCUUCCAACAGUAACCAUGACUUUCAGAAUUUUUUUUUUUAAACUAUGGAAAGAAUGUGAUCAUUUGCAAAAUUAUACUAAAUCUACCUAUUGUCAUGCAUUAAAAUACAUUUAUGAUUUUUUUCCCCCAUUGGUAACAUUUUUGUAGGUGUAAAUGGAUUUUUAUUUUCAAUUUGUUAUAGAAAAGCUUUCACAAUGGCAUGAAUUGCAAUUUUCUCUCAUUAGUACAAACUUCCUAUUAUAUUAGUUUUCCAAAGGAGAAAAAUACAUGUGGUGUAGGGACUAGUUUGCUGUGCCUGCAGACGUCUUCCUAUUAACACGAUAACUGAAAAAGUCUUUGACUUACCCAUAGAAAGGUUUACUUGUCCUGUUUUCUGCAUUUUAGAAAAUGCGUCGACAUCAAUAUUUUAAAUCGACUCUUUUUUUUUUUUUAUUUUAAUAAAAUUAUCUUUAAGAUUUCUAAAACAUUUCAGUUCAUUAUAACAAAUAUUUUCCUUUAAUAUCACUGCGUAAUUAUGGAAGUACUUGACAUUAUCACAAAACAAAAAGGUGGUUUUACACUGUGCAGUGUGAUGGCAAACCACAGCGGCAUUAGCACUGUGCAUGAGCACCUGAAGAGGAACCGCACAGGCGCUGUUCUGGAUGAUGGCCGGACCGCUAGAGUAGACGGAACCACCCUCAGUGCAGUCAAU